GCAAAAGCAGGAGGAGAGGAGAUUUGUUGUCCGUCAGAGAUUGUUUCUGUUCAGAGAAAGUGGAUCUUUUACCUUCUGUCUGCAGUCCGUGACUAUCACUGAGAGGUGAGAUGGCGCAGGGAGGAGUUCAGCUGGACCGGGAAACCUUCUCUUGUUCCAUCUGUCUGGAUCUAAUGAAGGAUCCGGUAACUAUUCCCUGUGGACACAGCUACUGCAUGGACUGUAUCAAACACCACUGGGAUGGAGAGGAUAGGAAGAAAGUCCACAGCUGCCCUCAGUGUAGAAAGAGCUUCAAACCGAGACCUGUCCUGCUGAAGAACACCAUGUUAGCAGAUUUAGUGGAGGAGCUGAAGAAGACUGGACUUGAAGAAGCUCCUGCUGAUCACUGCUAUGCUGGAGCUGAAGAUGUGGCCUGUGAUGUCUGCACUGGGAGAAAACUGAGAGCCUGUAAGUCCUGUCUGCAGUGUUUGGCCUCUUAUUGUGACAAACACCUCCAGCCUCACUUUGACGCAGCUACGUUUAAAAAACACAAGUUGGUGGAGCCCUCCAAGAAUCUCCAGGAGAACAUCUGCUCUCGUCACGGCGAGGUGAUUAAGCUGUUCUGCCGCACUGAUCAGCAGAGUAUCGGUUAUCUCUGCUCUGUGGACGAACACAAAGGCCACGACACAGUGUCAGCUGCAGCAGAGAGGACUGAGAGGCAGAGAGAGCUGGAGGGGAGUCGACUAAACAUCCAGCAGAGAAUCCAGGACAGAGAGAAGGAGGUGAAGCUGCUUCAGCAGGAGGUGAAGGCCAUCAAUGGCUCUGCUGAUAAAGCAGUGGAGGACAGUGAGAAGAUGUUCACUGAGCUGAUCCGUCUCAUGGAGAAAAGAAGCUCUGAUGUGAAGCAGCAGGUCAGAUCCCAGCAGAAGAGAGAAGUGAGUCGAGUCAAAGAGCUCCAGAAGAAGCUGGAGCAGGAGAUCUCUGAGCUGAAGAGGAGAGACGCUGAGCUGAAGCUGCUGUCUCACACAGAGGAUCACAACCAGUUUCUGCACAGCUACCCCUCACUGCCAGCCCUCAGUGAAGCUACACACUCCUCCAGCAUCAACAUCCGUCAUCUGAGCUACUUUGAGGACUUGACGGCGGCCCUGUCAGCAGUCAGAGACAAACUACAGGACGUCCUGAGAGAGGAAUGGACAAACAUCUCACCGACUGAAGUGGAUGUUUUACUGCCAGCAGCAGAACCCACCACCAGAGCUGGGUUCUUAGAAUAUUCACAGGGAAUCACUCUGGAUCCAAACACAGCACACACACAGCUGGUAUUAUCUGAGGGGAGCAGAAAAGCAACAUACAUCUAUCAACAACAGUCUUAUUCUAGUAACCCAGACAGAUUCACUGAUUGGCCUCAGGUCCUGAGUAGAGAGAGUCUGACUGGACGUUGUUACUGGGAGGUGAAGUGGAGAGGGAGAAGAGUUUGUGUAGCAGUCUCAUACAAGAAUAUCAGCAGAGCAGGUGGGGGGAAAGAAUGUAGAUUUGGAUUCAAUGACAAAUCCUGGGCGUUAGAGUGUAAACAAAACAGUUAUACAUUUCUUUACAACAGUACCAUCACUCCCGUUUCAGGUCCUCAGUCCUCCAGAGUAGGAGUGUACCUGGAUCACAGAGCAGGUAUUCUGUCCUUCUACAGCAUUUCUGAAACCAUGACUCUCCUCCACAGAGUCCAGACCACAUUCACUCAGCCGCUACUUGCUGGAGUUCGUUUUAUGGUUAUGGAAACACAGCUGAGUUGUGUAAACUGAAAUAGCCUGAAGUCAUUUGAGGAAAUGUCUACUUAAACUCAUUGUGUGUCCAUCUUAUGGCUGUCCCGAAUACCAUUUUACGGGCUCCGGAUAUUCGGUAGUAAUCAGCAGUGAAUAUUCUGAUAUUCGGUGCGCACGGGGGGAAACUUCAUUUUUCAGAAGGUUCGGUUUGCGUUCACACAGGCUAAAUUCAAACGGACUAUAAACUUUAAACACAAGUCAUAUGCACGGAAAUGCGGUUCAACAAACAUAUGAUUAUACAAUCAGACAACAUGUGAUAAAAAACAUAACCCAUAUGAGAGACGUUCUGCAGUAAGGAGGGGCGUUUCACCGACGGCAGGUGGCUCUGACUUUUAUGUAUAGUUGACAGAGCAUUUUUACUUUACACGACACUGUUCAACACUUCAUUCGGCUUCACUCUUUCGCUAAAGAUUUUAAAGAUAUCCGCGUUCUUGUGACGCGUAAAUACUACGCUUCCUAUGUUUUGGUGCGGAUUGCAUUCACACCAGCGAUGAACCGCUCCAGAGUUCACUAGCAAGCGGUCCGAGACCACUUUUAAGCGGACCAGAGUCCGGUUGUUUAGUUCACUUCAGAGGUCUCGGACUGUGUUCACACCGACCCAACCGAACCGCACCAAGCGGGUAAACGCACCAGGGCUAGAUUCAACGUAAAUUCGACCUAAGUCUAUAACGUCUUCUUGUUUUUUUAAACCAAUAUCCGAAUAACGAAAUUGAAAACCGAAUAGUAGGCCAACGACCAAAAAUGUGGAUAUUCGGGUACAGCCCUAGCCCAUUACUGUUGCUGAGAGCUGAUUGUUCAUGUCUUCACUGCACAGAGACCAGCUGUCAAUCAAACAUUAUGGGAUGUGCUUUAACAUCUUCUCAUGAGUUGUUCUGUAGAUGUUGGAGUUUCUUUAGGCGGCGCUCCUUCCUGUGUCUGUUUAGCCAUGGAGGCUGUCACUGCUCAGGAGCAUUUCUGUUAACCUCAACUGAUAUUUCUCUGCAUUGAAAUAUAAACUUUGCUCCAAAUAUUUGUUGAAUAUUGAUGUAUUUGUAUUUUGUUGUUUCUCUUGUAAAGCUUGAGAGAGAGAAAGCACCAGAGCUUCUUUCAUUGUAGAUAUUUUAUUCUAAAUGUAUUACAUUUGUUACUAAGUCUCAAUGUGUUGAAUGCAUAAAGGACAUUUUGAAGAAGGAAAUAACACACAUUAAAAGAAAAGCCAACAGGAUGAGUUUGCAAUAAA